AUGGAGGCAUUAUAUCAAAUGGCUAAGUAUGCAAAGUUCCUCAAUGAUUUAUUGACAAACAAGCGAAAAUUCAAGGAAAUCUACAUGGUUUUGUUGAUUGAAGCAAGCUGGGCACUCUUGCAAAAUCAACUGCCGAGGAAGAAGAAAGAUCGAUGUAGUUUUACUAUUCCUUACAACAUUGAUGAUUUGGUGAAUGAGAAAGACUUAGUCGAUCUAGGAGCUGAUGUUGAUGAGGAUGUUGAGGAACCCCUCAUUUUAGGUCAGCCUUUUCUAGCCAUCUUUGAAGCCCUAUUUGAUGUGAGCAAUAGUAGAAUGACUCUUAGGAUUGGGGAUGUGGAAGUUGUUUUUGCUUUAUCUGAUGCUAUGAAAUAUUCUUUCACUUUUAAUGAUACUUGCUAUUUCAUGGACAUGUCUGACUCUAUUGUUGAUGAAUAUGUGCAGGAAAUGGUGCACAAAGAGCCUUGCAAGGAGUCAUUGGAUGAUCCUUAA